UAUAUUGUGGGGGGAGAGCUCAAAUUCGAAGCACAACACGAACGUCUCUCUUCGUCUUCUUCGUCUCUCUUUCCCAAUAUCCUUGAAAGCUCUUGGGCGAUGGCCAAGUAUCAAAUGCUGCUCCUCGCUAUCUUCAUCGCGACGCUCGUUUGCCUCGAGAUUGCUGCUGCUGGUGCUACCGAGCAACUGGAGCAAACCGAGAAGCAAGGUGCUUUGGUCGGCUCCAAGAACAGGUCUCCAUAUCUAAAUUGCGCGGCUGCCUGCGACUACCGCUGCUCCAAGGCGGGCCUUCACAAGCGCUGCCUCAAGUACUGUAACAUCUGCUGCGGGAAAUGCCAAUGCGUGCCACCGGGAACUGCUGGGAACCGAGAGGUCUGCCCCUGCUACAACGAGAUGAAGAACUCGAGAGGCGGACACAAGUGCCCGUGAGCCCGUCACUGCUCUGCCCGUGCCUCUCUGGCUUCUGGCUUCUCGUAAAGUUUCUUCUCCGAGUGCUUCUUGCUAUUAUAGUUUCUGGUGCUGCUUGUUGAAACAAUAAUGCUUGGCUUCUGUACACACUUGUAAGUUGAUCUAAAGACCACGCCUUGCUCAAUCAAUGUCGACAGUUCUCUCCAA